AUGGACCACAUCAAGGAGCGUAUCAGCAAGUUAAAGAAAGAAGCCGAUGCUAACGCCGAGCGCGCAGAGGAGGCCGAUGCCAAACUCAAAGCACUUCAAAAGGAGUUAUCCGAGGCUAACGAACAAAACGCGAUCCUGAAUCGUAGGAUAUCGGCCCUCGAGGCCGAAAAUGAACGGCUCGACGACAAGUUUCAAGUUGCGGAGAAAGCACGCAAGGACAUGGCAGAGAAGCUCCAGAACGCCGAUAUCAAAGCAGAAGAUUCCGAUCGUCGGGCGAGGAUGGCUGAGGAAGAACGGGAUCAGUGGGAAGAAAAAUAUGAGAAAAUGAAAGCGGAGAAAGAACGAUUGCAAAAGGAGAUAGAUGAGCUCGGGUUGUAA